AUGAAUCCGUUUCCCAGCACGCCCACGCCGCGACGGUUUUUGUUGCCCGGGCGAGCGACCCAAUCGUCGUCGCAAACGCCGGGUGCUGCGCCGCCUCCGCGAUUCCAGUCCACGCCGCGGUUUGGCUCCUCUUCGGCGGCUAGGCCGACACAGCGGAGGGAGCUUGAUAUCGAGGAGUCUGAUGAGCAAGAUGAUGAUGAUGACAAGUCUGACGAGGAGGAGGUUGUGUAUGAGUCGAGUCUGUCGGGGGACGAAAGGGGGGCUGCUGCGGCUAGUUCACGGCAGCGUGUGCUUGAGAUUGAGUCCGAUGCUGGGGUUGUCUCUUCUCAGCAAGACGCCUUGUCCGACGGGGAAGAUGGCGAUGGGAGAUUGAGGACACGUUUACGGUUUGACAUUGAGGAGGAGAGCGUGGGUGAGAGAUCUUGGGAGGCGGAGAUGGGGAGGGGAGCGAAGAGGCGGAAAGUGUCCAUUUCGCCGUCGCCGUUGCUCGGGUCUCCGGGUACGAGGGAUGCGGAAGAAGAAGAAGAAGAAGAAGAACCUGCACUUGGGCUUCUCCAUGAUGAGACCGACGCAGACCCCGAAGAAGACGGAGCAGCAUCGGUGAUGAGCAUGGAUAGCAGCGAGGGCUCGCCCAUAACGAUGCGCAACUCCAAGGCCCCUCGCCAACCCAUCUUCCAGCCGGCACCAAGGUUCAAGCCCCUCGACGCCGAAGAUAUUCUUAGCGGAGGUCUUCCCGCGGUGUUUUCACCACAGAAGAGAGGAGCG